CUCACUCGAUUCCAGUUCGUUCGUUGCCCUCGCCAAAAUCCCUGGUACCAACCACCCACAAGCGAUGUUGACCGAAGCGCCACCCGCGCCUACCGUGGCCGUCAUCGGUGGGGGCCCCGGAGCCCUCUUCCUCUGCCACGCACUCGAGAUGCAGCGGGAGGAACUKKCGAAAGAAGGCCGGGACGUGAGCUCGUUCCCUUCGGUCCGUUGUUUCGAGCGAUCGGAGGGCCCGGGAGGCGUCUGGAGGUCCGAUCGCAACCACGAMRAAGAAGGCGGGGCCAGCGAUCGAGACUCCGAAGAAGAAAAGAAGGAAGACCCGAAUAUCUGUGUGCAAGACGCAAAACGGGUCAAGACMGGYCUGSACCCCGGCGACGUGCAAGCCGAUCCCUCGCACCAAAAAACCGUCAACAUGUACUCGGGGUUGUGGACCAACGCCCCRAAGGAAUUAUUCGAAUUCUUYGACUAUACGUUCAAGGACCACUUUGGAAACGUUCGGCUGCCAACCCAUUUGCCCCGGAAGCACGUCCUGGAUUAUUUUCUGGCACGUGUCACCCGAAACUGCCCCCACUUUUUCGAAAAGUAUUUCUCCUUUCGAACGACCGUGGUCCGCGUCGAGCAGCAAGAGGACGAGAGCGGCAAGAAAACCUUUCGGGUUUGCACGCGAGACGAAACAACGGGGARGGAAGAGGUUUCCUGCUUCGACAAGUGCGUGUGGGCCGCGGGAGUCAACGGCGUUCCGAACGUUCCCAAGCAAACGGUSCAGSUUUUGGAAAGCGGUGGAUUUCCCGGGCGGAUGGUCCAUUCCACGGACACGGCCAAUUUCAAACAAGACGUGGAGGGGAAACGUGUUUUGAUGGUGGGAGGUGGCUUGUCGGCCGAAGAUUUGGCCCUCAUGGCCGUGAAGGAGGGUGUAUCCAGGGUGUACAUCACUUGUCGCUCCGAAUCCAGUGAGGUUUUGGAUACAACCCGCUGGCCGUACGACAAGGUUGAGGUACUUGGGWAUACGUCCAUUGACAAGGUUUCCGGCAGCACGAUUUCACUGAAAUAUGUUUACUUUGAUGUGAAGAAGCAAAAGUAUCGCAACGAUACGGACUAYCCGGAAAGAAAAGUCCUUACCAAUAUCGACACAAUCAUAUUUUGUACUGGCUACAUCGAAAGCAUGGGGAUGCUCGAAGAGGAACUGCAGGAAAAACCCUUUGAGRUCAACAAGGUGACCGUGCCCGAAGACUGGACCAUGAACCCGAACGAGGUGAGUCUGAGGAUACUGGGAGAUGAGUCUGCUCGGGAGAUUCGACCCGCCAAGAAUGAGGUGCUAUCCUUUGCCUGUGACGACGAGCGCUUCGGUUUCACAAARCUUUAUAACGGCGUCUUCUGGGUWGACAAUCCGAGCAUGAUGUACCAYAUGGAUUAUGGCCAYAUACCGCUCCUCGAAAUCGACAUAUCUUCCUGGAUGAUUGCCAAGGUUCUAACAAAUCAAGUCGCCUUGCCCUCCAGCGAAGAGAUGGAAAACGAGACYAUACGGAUCAAUCUCGAGUACAUGCACGAUCCGUYAGCCCGAAAGAUUAUGGAUUGGAAAUAUGCCGAGGCAAUAAGUGAUGCCACCGAAGAGGCAAUGGAGGAGAGCAGUGACKCAAAUGACGAAGAUCCUUUCGAAGAGCUGUGGGAGAAAUCCGAAGCURAUAUAACAWMUCCCAUGAUGUUCCGGAUAAUGGGUAGAGUCAUGAACAGGUUUGGCUAUCCUGUAAGCUUUCUAGAAAAGGACGGAGAAACCUUUAGCAAAUACUACGACGUAAUGUAUGCGAACUWCGUGAACGACRSACGAGAUUUGGACCMAAUUCAAUACGAUGGAGAGAUACGGAAGCCUAGCAAUGACAGUGACGACGUUGUUUGCGACAAUGACACCGGGAACACAUCGGUGACCCGACCGGGGUGGAGGACCUUUCGAGACGCUCCAUCGGUAGAAAAAUGUGURUCCUACUUUACGGGCAUCAAAGCGAUCUCUUUGCCCAAGCCAUGGGUCGAAAUGAGCGAAGAUGACCCACUGUGGUAGACGACUGUACACGUUGCAUAAUCUAACAU